ACAGUUGGGCGUAGAACGUGAAGUUGUUCUGGUUAUUCCACAUUUUUAUUUUUUAAUAAGUUGUGUUUUAUUAAAUUAUUAUGUUUUAUAUAAUAUAAUUAUAAUAAUUCAUUGAAAGAUUUAAUUUAUUUAUGACAAUUUUAUUUUAUACGAGAUAAAUUUUAUAAUGGCGUCGACAAACUUUUUAACCGUAAAAACUCAUCUCUCCGAAUUUAGAAAUAACGCCGACAAAGACUCGUUAAGCGAGGCUUCAGAAAGUGGAACAAGUAAUUCUGUGACGUCCGCUGAAGACUUACAGAAGUUGGCUGUAAUAUUAGGCCUGAACAGCGCUGAAGAUGUGUACCAGGAGAGAUUUCGCGUUGAUAGACGGCGUUUGGAGGCUAUGCUUGCCGAAAAUUUGGAAGAAUCUCAGACUGCGCAAGCGUUUUUCCACAGGGUCAUGAACGAGACUAAUACUUUAAUUAAUUGGCCUGCUCGUCUGAAAAUAGGAGCCCGAUCGAAGAAAGAUCCACAUGUGAGGAUUGCCGGACGACCCAACGAUGUGAAACUGGCUCGAGAAAAAAUUAUGCAGUUACUGGACACAAGGAGUAACAGAGUUACAAUGAAAAUCGAUGUCAGUUACACGGAUCAUUCGCACAUCAUCGGAAAGGGUGGUCUAACAAUAAAGCGUGUGAUGGAAGAGACAGGUUGCCACAUCCAUUUCCCGGAUUCGAACCGGACCAGCGCAUUGGAGAAAAGCAACCAAGUGUCCAUCGCGGGCGACAUGGAAAGGGUCGAAAGGGCCAGAGCCAGAGUUCGAGCUCUAACCCCACUAGUAUUCUGUUUCGAGCUGCCCAUAGUAUCUUCGUCUCAGCCUCUACCAGACAUCAAUUCGCCCUACGUCCAACAAAUACAGGAACAAUAUAAUGUACAGGUGAUGAUCCGAAACCGUCCCAAAUUACACGCUAACCUUUUAGUCGUGAAGGGAGUGCAAUGGGAAGUCCAAGCUACUAUGGAGGCUACUAGCUUGCUGAUGAGCUAUAUGUGUGGACCGCUUGCUAGCCAAACAUCAGUCCAGAUGUCGCUCGAAAUAUCGCCCAUGCACCACCCAGUGGUAGUGGGUCGUGGGGCGGAACAGCUGAAGGUGAUGAUGCAGUCGAGCGGCGCGCAGAUCAUGUUCCCCGACGCGGACGACCCCAACAUACCGGCGCUGCGCAAGAGCUGCGUCACCAUCACGGGGCAGAUCAAGGACGUGUAUAAGGCGAGACAGCAACUCGUGGGAAGCCUACCCCUAGUAGUGAUAUUCGACGUGCCAGAAGAGACAUGUCGCAUAGAAACAGAGGCAGUAAACGCUCUGAUGCACAAACACAGCGUCUACAUCAGUGUGCGUCGGAAGCCGAAGCAAGGGAUAUCAUCUGUGGUUAUUAAGGGCAUAGAGCGGUGUGCUGGUGAUAUUUACGAAGCGCGUCGUGCGUUACUCGGCGGCAAGGAAUCCUCCAUCACCGCUGAGAUACCAGAAUCCUAUAAUAUUCCAACACUAAACGCACAUAAGUUUACCGCUUUUAACCCAUUUUCACCCUCGCAUACAAUGAACUCGCCAUGCUCGCCGUAUUAUGAGGUAGGUGUCGGGGGUUACAGCCCCGCGACCCCCGCGUACAGCCCCUUACGAAUGUUAUCACCAACCCCCCAACCACACAGCUGGUUGUGGGCUUCCCCCCAACCGACCGCUGAACACUUCCGCUUCCCGCCCAACCAGAUGGUGUAUAAGGGACAGUCUUGGAACCCGAUGUCAAGCGAGAUGAACAACAUGCAGCAAUCGAUGAUGAUGCAGCCGCCGCACUUGCAAGUGCCCAACGAUGGAAGACCUAUAACACUAAACCAGCUGCUAAACUGCAGCUCCGCUGGGAGCAGCGGCUACCAGAGCAACUUUACCGGCAGCUCCGUGUCUCUCGAUGCGCAGAAUAUUUCCGGAACCGGCGAAGGCAGUGUGGCUUCGCCCUCAGUAUCACCAAUCAGCAAGACCCAUAGUCCAGCGCCCUCUACUGAAACUGAACGUUCCCAUAAUGAACUAGCGAACAUAAUAUCCGAGUUACCGCUAAGCGACCGGCGCGCGGUCGGCUGUGAGAAGAAAACGCUAGAAACUCUCAACAAGCUGUCCCCGCUUACUGACUAUCGCAAAAUGCAGCAAGAGGCCAAUAAGGCUAUGCGCGAAAAUGUCGGCAGCGGGUAUCGAGUGCCAACUACGAGAUGGUCUGGUUGUUACUUCAGCCACACUUCCCCCGGGAAUAUCAAUGUUAAUGAUGAUAAGAUUAAUACUACGCCGGAAAAACAAUGGAACCGUUCGGAUUUAGUCCGUCCGAACAUAGCGGAGAUGUCGGAUCCGGAACCGGUCCGUCCGAACAUAGCGGAGAGUGUGGUCACCCCGCCCAAGGCCGACCGCUACGAGCAGCUGUACGAGCUGCUGAGGGACAUCGGCUUGCACAAAUAUAUCGAUGUGUUCAGAAAGCACGAACUAGACAUGAGCACGUUCACGUCUCUCAACGACGCGGAUCUCAUCGAAAUUGGCAUCGCCGCGUUCGGCGCCCGCAGGAAGAUACUGCUAACAAUCGCAAAGCUGAAAAAAGAAGCGGGCAGCCCGAGCGACCGAAAGAUGCUAAAUUCCCCGCAAUACAACACCGCCCUCGCCAAAGACAAGUGGUAGAACCAGCCUUCGCUUAUGGGACCUAGAGCUGGUCUCCAAAAUACCCAAAACACAAUAAAAUAUAAAAAAUCCCCAAAGAGGGCAAAAAUACCUCGUCUCAUAAGCGUUAAAAUAUAGUGUUAAGAUAGCGUUACACUAUCAUCCAGUUGCCAUCAUCAAAACUUCACGAAUGUAAUUUUAAACUUAAUGUAUUUCACAGUUUUGAUGGACCACUGGAUGUAUAGUCAUAUAGACUGAUUUUAUACUUGUAGCGAAUAAUAAAUGAUCUCAAAACGCUCAAGACUGAUUAAGUGUUGUAUUUGACAGUUAUUUUAAUCAUAAAAUAGCUAUGGACAAAGCCGUGUCUAUGGUUAUAGCUUAUAGCAGUCUGUGGCUAAUAACUGUCAUUAGUUAUUUAUAGUCUAUAUCUCGUUGAUUUUAAGUUGAAAAUGUAGUUUUUAUCGAUUUUUAAUGAUAGCUCAAAGCAUACGACAGUUUGAUCUCGAUCGCAAGACUUAAAUUGUUGAAGUAAACUGGCCGAGCGCCUAAAAAUUAGGUUUUAAGUGUGUAGUUUUUAUAAGAAGGCAUGUUUUAUUUUUUGAUUCUGUAUUUUAUGUUCCCCCAUCAGUUACGACUAAGUUUUUAAUCAAUAAAUCGCUUUUAACUUUUGAUUAUUGAAAUUACGCCUCUGUCCAAUUUUAGAAGCCAAUCUUUUGAUUCUUUUGAUUACAUAUUAUGAGUAAUAUGUCUUUUAAGAGAUGUAUACGUCGUUAUUUUUAUGAGCGAUUGUCUCGCGGCAACAGUAAAGGCCGAUUAUUUUAUUUUUAAUGAGUUUUAAGUUAUAUUUUCUUUCGAUCAAACCCAGUUAGACCAGGCGAAGCCGCGAAAUAAUAGUUCGUACAGAUAACGUAAUUUUGGCGUAUGACAAAUAUAAUAAAAUCAAUACAUCAGUUUUGGACAACAGCGUGAAUUGACUCCCAUCAGGUGACAAACCCAAACUCCAAACUGAAUUUUAAUCAAGUAACAUUAUAUUAUCGUCAUUAUUAAUAUCUCUGUUAUUUUUAAGUGCAUUUUUGAUUUUAACCCCAUUAACAUACUAAUUUUUGUUAUUGAAUGUUAUUUUUAUUUUUUUAGUGAACUCUUGGUACAUAAUGACUGCGAUCUUCGUUUUAUAAAAUUCUCUUUUUACCAUGUAAUUAUGUAUCAAUUCGUUUACUUUUUAUAGGUUUUAGAGAUCGUAUGUAAUUUUAAUCAUGAACUAGUGAUUGAUUUCGCUUUAUAAAAUGAUUUGAUAUGGUGUUUAAGUGAUUAUGAAAUUUUCGUUUUAUAUCGAUUUAGGUUUUAAUGAGUUUAGUAGGUAUUUCGCUAGUUUUGUUUAAGUUUAAAGAAAGUUUUGCACGAUUGUUUUUUUUUAGCUCGUCCGAUUAAAGUUUCAGUGGCAUUCAA